CGGUGCAAGAAGCAGCGAGAUUCAUUUUUAUGAAAAUGAACGAUGCAUCAAAUUCAGGUCAGGUCGUGUCAAGAACAGUGCCAUUUAUUAACAAUGAAAGUGAUCCAAGUAAAACAGCAAUUAUAAAAAAGCAAUUCCAAAAGCACCAACUUUCAGUUAGUGAAAGUUCAUCAGAUGACUCCUUGCGUGCUUUGGAGUGUUUGAUAAUUUGUCGUAUUUGCCAAAACCGGCUCAGUGCUCCAAGAAUGCUUCAGUGUCAACAUACAUUUUGCCUUGCGUGCCUCGAGGUGUCUUUUCAACGCCAAAAUAACAAAAAUUAUAUUUUAUGCUCGACAUGUAAUGGUAUGCAAAAAUUGUCUUCAACUUCCGGUGGAGUGUCGAGUUUGCCGCCUAAUCUUUACAUUGAUUCAGUUCUGAAUGUCCUAGGCAGUCAAACAGACAUUCCGGAUCGCCAAGACCGAGAACAAAACUUAUCAAUCGCUCCGACCGCAAAUAUUCCAGAUGUAGAACUACACUUAAAAUGUAAUAGAUGCGACACAGUUGGAAGUAUUAUGAUGCAAAACUGCUAUCAUUGUAAGCAAAUUUUAUGUGCUAUUUGUUGGCAAACCCAUAUGGAUGAAUUGGACAAACAAGUUCGGCAGCUGGAUGUCCAACUUAAUUCGGCAAGUGAAAAAAUGGAUCAUAAAAUAAUCGCUUAUAAGAAUCGAUUCAACGAUAUAAGCCAACAAAUAAAGGAAUACUUCAAUGAACAAAUUACAACUUUGCGAAACAAUGAGCGCUCGUUACUAGACGAAUCACAGAGAAUACUAAACGAUGGGCUUUGUGCCCACGAGCUGGUAAUGGAGAAGAUACGACGCCUCAAGACGACCGUUGCAGACAGCACGAUUGGCCCAAAUGGUGAUCUCGUUCAACGAUUUUUGAAUUUACAUAAAGAAAUUUCACUUGUCUUUGAAGAAAUCUCGCACUGGGGCAAGGAGAUCAUAUUGUUUGAUCAGAAAAAUAUAAAACUAGAAAUACUAAGUGCCUUUGAUAAUAAUGGACCUGUGCGUGCGACCGAUAAAAACCAAGAAGCUCUGAAACAUAAAUCCCUUAUCACCAUACAGCUUGAUUCAUAUGAAGAUGUACUAUCCUUUUACAGGAAACAUUCAUUCAGACCAAAAUUAUAUUGGAAUAAAUGUCAUCGCCCAGCAGGUGUUGGAAUUGCACCGUGGAGUCUUGACUCGAUUAGUCAUCCAUUGAUUUACAUUGCAGGAGCCGAGAGUAAAAUAAUAUUUAUUAUAAAUAAAACCAAUGGUGAAAUAAUUCAGCGUAUCUGCUACGACCAAAUGGUCUAUCCGAAUGGUAUAACGUUUGACUCGAACAGAAAGGAAUUAUUUGUUACUGACAAAUGGAAACACUGUAUCUUUGUAUUUUCGGCAAACGGAACUUUUCUAAGACAGUUGUGCGACAAAGGCGAUCAGGAAGGAUUCUUAAGGUCUCCAGAAGGAUUAGCUGUUGGCCCAAACGGAUCUUUGUUUGUAUGUGAUGCAGGCAAUGAUAGAAUUCAGUGCAUCAACUCUACAACUGGCAGAAUGCUCUCUCAGUUCGGUCGUAUCCCGAAGGAUCAGCUGUUGAAUGCAACGCAAACCAAAAUUCCCACUCGUGACGUGGAUCUCAAGAGCCCGAUGGGUAUUGCGAUUUAUAAAGAAACUAUUUUUGUUCUUGACACUGGAAAUCGACGAGUUAAAGCCUUCAACAAGCGGGGUGAAAAAGUGAUGGAGUUUGGACAAACUGGUUCUUUAGCUGGCCAAUUUCAACACCCAGAAGUAAUAGCAGUCGAUACCAAUGGUUUCCUAUUGGUUGGUGACGGAGGAAAUGCUAGGAUACAAGUGUAUCGCCCUGAUGGGCAAUUUGUUAAUGUCAUCGGAGCGCGCGGCGAAUCACCAGGAAAAUUCAACUGGUUAUCGGGACUGUUCGUUAGUAGAGACCGUGAGAUUAUCAUCAGUGAUUACAAGAAUCACACUGUACAGGUGAUUGCAUAGACCUGGGGUUGUAGCGAAGAAAGGUUAUUUUUUUUUAUUUCAUAUUUACAAAAUAUAAAUCUUUCUUACAUGUACUGCAUUUCAUUGUAUAGUAUAAUAAAUAUCUAUCACCUUAAGUUACAAUGUGAAAUAAACCUAUAUUUGAAACACUAUCA